GCAAACACAUGAGCUCAAUUACCACCGAUUUUCACAUGUGGAAGAGAUUUUACAUACCCUUAGGGAGCGAAUGAGGACGAUGGUCAGAUUUAUCGUUGUUCUCUUUCCUUCUCCGUCUCAAGACUCAUGCGCCCGGCUCUUCUUCGAUUACUGAGGAGACCGUCAGCUCUUUCGGUUCUCGACUCCCUGAUCUCAGCGCCUGUCGGAGUUGAACAAUUCGAGCUUAGACGCGAUUCAAGAUGCUUGCGCUGUCUUACAAAGAGUACUCAACAGGAGCAACACGUAUCAACUGCCAAUUCAGAACACCCCGCUCCUCAGGAAUGCUCCUCUCCAUCAACAAAGCGAACAUUGAGCUUUCAGGUCCAUAAUAUCAAGGCACCAAAGAGGCAAGCAGAGGACAACGCUGAACCUGGAGAAGCCUCCACCAAUAGGGCACCCUCUCGCCUAUCACGAUUCCGAUUACAACCGGACAAGCUAGAAUUUGAGUCGGAUAUUGGACAUACACGCGACAUCGGGACUCGUCUAGUGGAUAAUCCACUCCACCGGAAUGAUUUCAAUUUAUGGGUAGAGCUCUUACGCUACCGUCAACGGCAUCAUGGAGAUCAAGGAACAAUGGCCAUUUGGGAGGCUCUGACAGAUCGCGUGGACGGCGUGCAACUUCCAGUGGACGGGGAACUGGCGGAUUUUCUCUGGCAAAGCUUUGUCAACGUCGGUUUCAAGCGGGAAAUUGUGAUCACCGAGGUGGUUGAAUAUGCGCGAGAGCUGUGGGAUUCGACCGGAAAACGAUGGCCCAAACUCUACGAAAGUGUUGUCGGCGGGUUCAUUGAACGCGGCAUGAACCAUCAGGCUGAAGAAUGGCACCAAAGACUUCAGGAUCCACAUCUGGCAUGUCCGAAUGACGUUUUGCAUGUUCUCAGACCAGAUGUCGCCGUUCAACACUCUGUCAGUACCGUUGCGAGUCUGUCCAAAACCGAACACAAGGGCUUCCUGCCAAGCUUAUCGGCUUUUCGCAACAUUUGCCGGUCAGUGGAAGGUCACCAGAUAUAUGUCCCUGUCAUGUCUGCGCUUCUUAAAAAUCAUCUUUCUGCUCAGGAAUUGGUCCUCAUGCAUUUAUUCUUAGUCGGUAAGGGCGAUCACCCCCGCUCUUACAGAGACAUAGAGCCGGUGAUGCAUGGUGCGGAAAAGCGCGGCCUACGAAUAUUCCGGCAGAAACUGCGAGCUUAUGUCAACUCUCGGUUCCUCAGUGAGAUCAAAGCCUCUGAGGUUGAAGACUCUGGGCAGCCUCAUGCAUUGCCAGUGAACCUCAACGAAGGAGAGCUUUCGCGUCAACUGAAGCCCGUCCCGGAUGAAUUCGGCGCGCGCAUAUUCGCUACCGACGCUCUCAAAUUCGAGCUCAUUCUUUCUGGCCUCAAGAUGUUUGGCGCGACAUCCAUCGGACCACAGUCAUUACGGGAAAUGGCAUUGAGAGCGCAUGGGACACAAGAUAUUUUAGAGAAAAUUCGACUGCUGCGGGAAGCAGGUAUUUCCAUUGGUGACUCAAUCUUUUCCCGCCUUGUCCGCAAGCUAGCUGCCGAAAAUCGUGGCAUUGUUCUGGCAGAUCUACUUCGAAGUGACCAGCAUCCGGACGUGCUGGAGGAUGCGGGUAUACAAGAAUCCCUCUUGCUGUCUUAUUACAUCAGCCACGAUUUGCGUCUCUACAACCUGACUCUGGCAAUCCUCAGCGAAGUCGCCGAUGAAGGGCCAUAUCUGUUCAACAUUCAUUUUCGAAAACACCUGGCAGCCGGCGAGUGGGAGUUGGCAUCAAAAGUGGUUGACGAACUGACUUUGCGCGGAGAGGUCCUGGACGAAAAAAGCAUCGACUUCAUGAUAAGGCAUGUCUUGACACCUCGACGGCCUGGGUCUGGACCAGUACGAAGCCAGAACCGGCCACCAACAUCUGAAGUGGCAUUCGUCUUUCGUGUGCUACAACGCGUCAUUCCUCUGGGGGCAACUGUGUCCGCUGGGCUCUGGAUCGAGUUGAUCAAACGACUAGGUCAAACAAAUUCCUGGACCGAGCUUCGGAACUGCUGCCUUUGGCUGGCUCGUCAAUAUUCUCCGACCGUACAGCAGAAGGAUAUUCCGUUGGAAAUAAUUUCAACUUCCAGUAGAGUGUGGCCUAGUCGUACUCCAUCUUCGGCAGAGGAGAAUGCUGACAUCCUCCGCACCAUAUUUAGCCAACAACUUCAGGGAGCUCUCGUGCAUUGGGGGUUUAGGAUGCGAGUCUCCUCGAACGCCAACCGCUACAACCCGGUCACAGACCAGGUUCCAUGGGUACGAGGCCUCAUCCUUCUGCGGGAGUUGGAGCGUAACGGAGUCGAUCUGAAGGAUGGUCAACUAAAUAAGCGACAAGGCUGGAACGGGACCAUUCCGUGGGAGCAGCAAAGAGUCGAGCUGGAUCCAGUCAACAUCUUCUUUGGCAAUCAGUGUAUUUGA